AUGUUACAUAAGCAUACGCCAACAACGAAAGCUGGCGGGCAUCGGGCUCCAAACGCUGGGAAGAGCAAGCAUUCGCUAUCCAACAGUUACAAGCUGCUACGUGAUGAUUUGCAAGAGCUAGCUCUUGAUGGUAAUUUUCAGCGUCAAAACAAGCACAGUGUGAUCAACAGUCACUAUACAAUUCCACAGAGCGGUAUUCCUGAGGAAACUGCAUUUGACUUGGUUCACAACGAACUGACACUCGAUGGAAAUCCACAUUUAAAUUUGGCCAGUUUUGUCAACACUACGGCGAGCGACACAGCCCGCAGGUUGAUCGCUGAGAACAUCGAAAAAAACCUGGCAGACAACGACGAAUAUCCCCAGAUGGUGGAGAUCACACAACGGUGUAUCUCUAUGCUCGCACAGCUGUGGAAAGCUGGUCCAGACCAAGAGCCCCUCGGAUGCGCCACAACCGGUUCCAGUGAGGCCAUCAUGCUUGGUGGGCUUGCUAUGAAGAGACAAUGGGAGCGUCGCAUGAAAGCGGCCAACAAACCCAUCUCAAAGCCCAACAUCAUUAUGUCAAGCGCUGCACAAGUUGCACUUGAGAAGUUUGCGCGGUAUUUCGACGUCGAGUGUCGUCUGGUGCCUGUUUCUCACGAGUCAGAUCAUCAUUUGGACCCCAGCAAACUAUGGGACUUUGUAGAUGAAAACACUAUUGGUUGUUUCGUCAUUUUGGGUACGACCUACACAGGUCAUUUGGAAAGCAUCGAGGAGGUUGCUGACGUUCUGUCGCAAAUCGAGAAACAAAAUCCAAGUUGGAGUAACAGUAGUAUUCCAAUUCAUGUUGAUGGUGCCUCUGGUGGAUUCGUGGUUCCCUUCGCAUUUACUGACAAGCAAAUGGCCGAUUACAAACUUCCUCGUUGGGGUUUCAAUCAUCCUAGAGUGGUGAGCAUCAAUGCGUCGGGUCACAAGUUUGGCCUCACUACCGCAGGACUGGGUUGGAUUCUCUGGAAAGACGAUGACUACUUACUCCCAGAAUUGAGAUUCAAACUGACUUACUUGGGCGGUGUUGAGGAAACUUUCAACUUGAAUUUUUCCAGGCCUGGUUACCAAGUAAUUCACCAAUACUACAACUUUUUGAAUCUGGGUAUGAAAGGUUACAAGGAUGAAUUCGAGAAAUCUCUCUUUGCUGCGAGGUAUUUCAGUUUAUCGCUUCUGCAGAGCGAUGAGUUCAAGGGAAAGUUCGAUAUUAUUAGCAGCGUACAUGAAAGGAUCGACGGUAAAGAGUCCGUCUUAAAAGAUUGUAUGAAAGAGCCUCAAUUAUUCAAGCCAGGAGUUCCUUUAUCGGCAUUUAAGCUGUCCAAGGAGUUUCGUGAGAAGUAUCCCGAAAUUCCACAAGCCCUUAUUUCUUCUUUGUUGAGAGCCAAAGGUUGGAUUGUGCCAAACUAUCCCCUACCCGCAUCUACAGAUGGUUCUGAUAAGUGGGAAGUGCUAAGAGUUGUUUUUAGAUCUGAAAUGAGUCUUGACUUGGUGCAGAUGUUUUUGGUUCACAUUCACCAAGUUAUUGCAAAGCUGGAAAGAUGUUAUGCCAGUGUACCAGAGUCUUUAAGUGGUGAAAGCAAAAAGGAUGCUGUUUACAAGAUGCUGUUAAUUUUGGCGUCUCCUGAGAGUGCAGAGAUCAGUGAGGAAGUAAACAAAAAGAAGAAGAAGAACUAUCGGGGUACCUGUUAG